AUGCCUGCCCAGCGCACUGGCGACUCUGCUCCCGCUAGCCAGUCCGAAAUUGUAUCGUGCGGCUUGACCCUUGACGCACCUGACGGGUUCGAGCCCGCUCGAGCCCACGCUCGCAACCACACCCUCGCCCAGGAGACAUGCCCCCGAGUCUCUCGCUGGGCCAGCGGUGCGGACGACGAGGUUUUGCCGUGGUCGCUCCUGCCCUUGGCCGGCGAAGACGACUUUUCGCGGACAGCGGACGCCUCGGCUGAAGCGUUCGGAUACCGACCCCACGACAGCGAUGCCACCUCCGACGGUCCCUUUCUGGCAGCCAGCUGGCUUUGCUCCACGCCGACACUGGCUCCCCGCAGACGCUUCGACAAUCCCUCGCACACUCCUGUCUUGCCCGUGAUGGAAUCACAGCUCCACAUCAACGGUCAGCUCCAAGUCCAAUCACAUUCCCGGAACCAGGCCCAGUCAUUGUGCUCGCCUCAAGCUUCUGGAGGUCUGUUUGGCCCCGCCGGCGAGGUUCAUGACGACGACGGUGUCAUGCUGCGAUUCGAGUCCGAAGACAUGCAAAUCCGCAUCAGCCGUGGUGCGUACAUCCGCAUCAUAUGCACCACCACCUUGACCUCGGACCAGUGUGGUCUCGUCACCACCACAGCCAACACCUUUGGCCGCUCCAUGACACUGCUCAAUCUGUCUCCGGAUGCCUAUCGGGUCCUGACGGUGCCCAAUGCCGGCGGCGACUCGGUUCUGUCCGAGGCAUUCUCGUGCGAACUCAUGGUUCGGAUGCUUGGGGCGCGCCUGACCUGGACCGAGAUGGAGGUGCGAUAUUUUCCCAUGGGCGGCGCCAUGACCGACUAUAUCGUCCGGAUGGGCAGCGUCGACGUUGCCGUCUCGGUCACCCGAGCCAUGGCCUGGAACAAGUCCAUCCGGUUCACCCACCAGGAUGCCUACCGGCUCCUUGUCAAGAAGCUUACGGGCAUCAUCUUUGCCGGCCACAACCUGAUGCUGCCCGACCGCGUUGACAAGCACAUCCUGCAUAUCUUGACCCCGCACGGAUACAUUGCCAAGACAAUCAAGCGGGUCUGGGCCAAGCUUCCACCCCACAUCCGCGCCAGCACCAUGGUCGUGGUUACGGUGUCGAACUGCAAGUGCAUAUUUAAGAAACGCCGCGAGCUGUGGACGCUCAUCGACGACCUCAAGUAA